AUGAAUAGAUUAUCUCUAAUAACUCACCUAUCUGAUAAGGAAUAAAUGUUGAAUUAAUAUGAAAUAUUGAUAUAAGAAUAUCGUAACUAACCUGAUUCCAUAAAUGUUAUUGCAAUUUGUCUCAACAAUAUUGCAGCUUUAUUUAAUAAGUAUCAACACAUUUAUUUAGAAAUGAGCUUUUAUCCAGAUAAAUUUUUAGAUUUGUAAAAUAGUAAUUACUCAAAUCACUUCCAAAUGCCCUUUAAUUUAUUAUCUUUAUGAAUUCAGCAAAAAUUUAUAACCAACUGGGAUUACAUAGUAAAGCAUUUUUAAAAGCUGAGUUGGCUUUAUAAUUCUAUGAAAAGUUUGCCUUUUCUUAAUUAAAUUAAUCUGAGGCUGUAUUAUUGAUAAAUGGUUACAUUACUUUAGCUAAAUCUUAUGAAAUGGCUACUUUUGAAGAUUUGGCUAAAAUUCGUAGAAAAAGCAAAUUACUCUAAAAUGGGUAUCAAAAUAUAGUAAUUUAGAUUUAAGAGCACAUAAAUAUUCUAUGAAAAUUCUAAAAAACUUUUAGUAAAAUAUGUUGGAAUAACUCAUCCAUUAUAUAAAUAAAUAGUAGGAUUGUCUUCAUAAAAAUCAGCAUUACAAUAGAGAAGCUUUAUAUUUUAGAAUGAAUAAAAUAAUAAUCAAUUUACUUUUAGAAGAUAAACUAUAAUCAGAAUAAUGAGAUUAUUAGAUUCUCUAAAAAUUGAUUUACCAAGAAUUGUAGAAUUUUAAGAAAUAUAAUCUUAAACUCCAUAAAAAGCAUUUUCAAGAUUAAAAACCACAAAUGAAGAUUCUAUAAAUAAAGGAAAGUUUUAUAGAAUAAAAAGAAUUAGUAAAAUAGAAGAUGAUUAAGAAACAACAAUUGAAACAAAAAAGAAAAGAAAAUCAUUUAAAAUGACAUCUAUUUAAAAUUUGGAAAAAAUAAUUACAAAUAAAGUUGAAUAAUAAGUAUAAUUACAUUUCUAAAAAAAAUAAUAAGAAGAUUAGGUUUCUAGUAGUAAAAUUGAUUUAGAUUAAAAAUAUAUACAUUUAUAAAAUGAAAUUAAUAAAAUUGAAAAAGAAAAAUAAAGUUUUGAAAAAUAAGGUUAUGAAUGGAAAUAAUAGAUUAAAUUAUUAUAAGAAGAAAUAAAUUAAUUAAAAAUUAAAAUUAUUGAUAAUGAAUAAAUACAUAUUAAAGAAGCAAAAGAAUAGCAUUUUAGACAUUUAGAAUAAAUUAAACAUUUAAAUGAACAAAAUUAAUAACUAAAAUUAUAAAUGAAUAAGACAUUUCAUCAUGAAAAGAAUUAUACUACUUAUAAUAAUAGUAUUGAUGAUCAUUAAUAUUUUUAUUUUACAGAUAAUUCUACUGGAUAGAUGAUCUAUAUUCCCUUACUUUAAAAUGUCUCUUUUAUAUUUAAAUAAGAUAAUAUAUAAAUUGAAGUUUAAUAAUUGUAAUAAACAUUGAAAUUAUCAGCAAAAAUAAAUGAUAAAAUAUUAAAUGAAUUUAUUGAAAUUUCUUAAUUAUAAGACUUUUUACAAUAUACUCAAUAUAUUCAUACAUUACCUUAUCCAAUAAAAUACUUGAAUAAUUUUAAAACAUUUAUAUAAUAUUUGAUUGUACCAUUUGUUUAAAUUGUAACAGAGUAAAAUGAAACUAAAAUUGCUAUAUGGCCAUAACCUCAAGGUUUAUUAUUAGAAUAGUAAAUCAAUUUUCUUAAUGAUAAUUGUUAAUGGUGGAUUCACAAUAUAGGAUUAAAAUGGUUUCGAAUUACUAUUUAUACUUAAUCAGAUUUUAUUUUAUAAUUAGAUAUAAGAUAUGAUGAAGCUACAUUUUAAUUAUAUUUUAAAUAAGAAAAUUUAGAUGAAUAUGAAAUGUAAGAAAAAGAAGAAAUAUUAUAAUAUUUGUCAAAAAUAAAUUCAUAAUAAAUAUAAAUAUUAGAAUCUUCUAAAAAUUCAAUUCAUAAUACUUAUUAUUUGCCAAGUGUUUAAAUUUUAGAUAAAUAAAAACUAAUAUUUCUAAUUAAUCAACAAAUCAAAUAUAUUGAAUAAUUUCUUAAUUAAUAGAAUAUACAUUCCACUCAAUAAAUUAAAAUUAAUAAAACUAUUUAAAUUUAACAAAUUUCUAUUUAAUUUAAUGAAAACAAAUCUUAGAUUUAAGCAAUCUUAUUAGAAGAAGGAAAAUGUAUGGUGAAACUAUAAAAUUGCUAUUUAACUUAUGCUCCUUAAAAUAAAUAAAUUAAUGCUGAUGGAUCAUUUGAGAUUACAAAUGAAUUCUUAAAAUAAAGAUAUGGAAUCAGUUUUGAUAAUUUACUUAGAAAUGAAGAUAAAAUCUAUUUCUAUGAAAAAUUGUUAGAAUCAUUCACUUUACAAACAUUUUCAAAACCAUUUGAUGAAGAUGAUGAUGAAUUAUUUAAAUAAAAUUCUAUUUUAUUGAGAGAAUUGAAUUUUGGUGGAACAAACAAAAUAUUUUAUGAUUCAAAUAAUUAUAAGAUUCCAAUAAAUUUUUCAUUGAUUGGUACCAAUGAUAUACCAUAAUUUGUUAAAAUAGAUCUAUAUAAUGAAGAAUCAAUUGAAUAACAUUGUAUAUUACUUAAUAUAACUGAAGAAUAUUGGAUAAGACCAGUGAUAACAUAAAUGAAGGUAUAAAUAAUAAUUUUAUAUUUUGAUAGCAAGACAAGAAGAAAAAAUAACAAAAAUAUAAUAAAGAAUUCAAAGUUGCUGGUCAAUACUAUUUAUCUUAAAUUUUAUAAUAAUGUGGAUGGUUUAUUUUAGAACAUCACAUUUAUAUGAAUGAAGAUAAAUAACUAUAUAUUUAGAGACUUGAUAAUUAAAUAGGCAAAUUGGAAUAAUAUAUUAAUAUGAAAUCAGUUUCUGAAUUAACUAAAUGA